GCAGCCUUCUCCCCCACUGCGCCGCUCCGAUCAUGCCUGCGAGCUCGCUGCCCCAGUUCAAUCCCCUGCGCAUACGCUCCUAUAUCCUGCGCCUGCCCUUCUGCACAAAGUUGCUCGUCGCGGCCAUUGUCGGCCUAUGGGCUGCGGCAAUUCCCUUUCCCUGGAUUAGGGACGCUGGACGGUUGGAGCCGGCUAAGAUGGACCUGACGCAGAUGCACCGACUCAACCUGUUUCCCGUCUUGCACUGGAACUUCCUCCACAUGAUAUUCAACCUCAUCGCCGUCACUCCACUUGUUGAGCGCUUCGAGUCGGAAUACGGGACACUGGUCACGUUGGCGCUAUUCACCGGACCAUUCGGGACAAUACCAGGAGGCAUAUAUACGUUGUUGGAGAAAUUCGUUCUGAGGAGCAACACGGCCGUCAUGGGCGCGAGCGUAUGGGUAUUCCUCUUACUAGCGGCCGAAGUCAUGAAGACGUCCAAGACAAACCCCUCGUUCAGUGUCGGACCCUACAAGAUUCCCACCUGGACCACCCCACUUAUCCUCAUCGUCUUCACCAGCAUCCUCGUCCCAUACGUCAGUCUGGUCGGCCAUCUCUGCGGUGCAGCUCUCGGGUACCUUUGGGCAACUGGAUGGAUCAAGUUUCUCGUACCGCACGAGAAGAUUCUGAGGUGGAUUGAAACAAAACUCAACUUGCUGGGAAGGCUGCCACAUUACGUUAGUGUGGAUCAGAAGACAUAUGGACGGUACGGUGUACUGCCAACAACAAGCAUCCCCCUAGGCAACAGGAGUCCAGACGGUGGGCAGCGUCUCGGGCCAUGAUCUACAGAGCAGGUGCCGUGGCUGAAGGUUGGCUUGUUUACCGGCGUUUUGCAUCGUGUAUGGAGUUCACGCUUUGGAGCGGCGUACAAGGCGUUUCUUGCAAAGGGCUGUUGUAAUAUACACGACGAGACUUUUGGUGCGGAUAUACGGGGUCCAGGUGCCAUGAUACAAUAGUAAUACUCGCAAAAGUACUUUU